AUAUUUGUGCCAUUGAGAACUUCCCUUCCGAACCUAGAAAAGGGGCUGCCAUGGAGAAGAAUCUGCCUGCAUUGGUGGCACUGCUGUUUGCUUUUGGUGUAGUCAUAACAGAUGGCAAUCUCUUCCAACUUCAGAAGAUGAUCAAAGAAGCUACUGGAAAACAAGCCAUACCAAAUUAUUCCAGCUAUGGAUGUCACUGCGGACUGGGAGGCAAAGGAAAACCACUGGAUGACACCGAUUGGUGCUGUCAUUAUCACGACUGCUGCUAUGAGAAAAUGGAGAAUCAGGGGUGCAAACCCAAAACGGUCUCCUAUUCCUACAGCUACCUGUCUGGGAACAUGAACUGUGGUGGUGGAACAUCAUGUGAACAGCAGGUCUGUGAAUGCGACAGAAACUUGGCGAUGUGCUUGAAAAAACACUUGGGGAGCUACAGCUGGAAACUUCGCUUCUAUUGGAACAUCUUCUGCUCCAAUUCAGCCCCUGAGUGCUAGUUAAAGUGGGACAGUCCUGUUUGUAGAAACCCCUCCAAAAAGGGGGAACUUUUGUGGGGGAGGAUACAAGGGCAAAACCACUUCCUCUAAAAUGGCAAUUGUCAAAUUCAAAGAAUCAGAAGUAAGACCUGUAUCCCAAGCUAUAAUAAUCUAAACACACAAAAGGAGUUUGCUUCUUAAAGCCAAUUGACCCCAUUUGAAUUGUGGUGCUGAAAUGAAAGCAAUUAGGAUACCUCUGGAGCACCUUUGUGUAGCAAUUCAGAAUGGUGUUGUGGUAAGGGGGAAAUAAGCCUCAGUUUGGGAGUAGGCCCCCAAAUUAAGUGCUGUUGGAAUCCAUCAGUGUGGAAGAACAGUCUAGUCUGACUGCCCCAGAAACUCAGCAGCAAAGGUCUUCAUCUGCAGCACACAUAAUUAUUGGCCAAUAUUAGUUAGGGAUGAUCAUGUUUUAGUGAUGGAAGAAACAGUAUCUUUCACUAACCAGUAGUGUGCAAAUUUUCUGUUCUUGCUGGUGGGUGUUAAAACCCCCAUUUGUAGUGCUUUUUUAAGGCCAAAGGGUGAUUCUUUCAUUUGGCGGUUCAAAAUAAUUAACUAGCUUGGAGAGACCAAUUUCAGCUUCAUAACGUUUUAAUUGCAUGUAUAAUUAUAUAUACAAUCAAAUAAUAGCUGUUGGUAAAAAUCAGAACUGGCACUCUCAUACACCCAUAUGCAGUUGCUCAGUUCUGCGUGUCUUCAUUGUAAGUUCCUUUUGUUUUUCUGGCACUGUCUAGCUGUUUACCCACAACUGGUCAGCCUAGUUCUAUAUGACCCAUUCCUUGAAUAAAUUCCACUAUAUCACUCCACCCUUUAAAGGGAAUGUGCCUUCGAAACACAAAGAGAAAGUCUAUUAUACAUCUCAUAAUAAUAAAAUGAUAAUAGGGAAUGAUUUUUUUUAACAUUUUCAUAUUAUGAGAUACAUAAUAGAUUUUCUGUAUUGUCGAAGGCUUUCACGGCCGGAGAACGAUGG